AUGGAGCCCAUUGCGAUAGUUGGUACAGGGUUCCGAUUCCCUGGAUCAUGCUCGACUCCUUCUCGCCUCUGGGAUCUUCUACAUGAGCCUCGAGAUGUUGCAAAUAAAGUACCCAAAGACCGGUUUAAUAUUGACUCUUUCUAUCACCCAAUCAGUUCCCACAAUGGCACUACAAAUGUCACCGAAUCAUACUUUCUCACGGAGGAUGUGAAAGGUUUUGAUGCAUCUUUUUUCAACAUCUCCGCCAGCGAAGCCGAAUGCAUUGACCCGCAACAGAGACUUCUCUUAGAAACAGUUUACGAAGCGCUGGAGGCAGCUGGAAUUCGAAUCGAGGACCUAAGAGACUCCCCGACUGGGGUCUUCUGUGGUGUUAUGUGUGAUGACUGGUCGCUCAUCCAGGCGCGCGAUAUCAACUGGCUUCCUCGAUAUGCUGCCACGGGCACGGCUCGCUCAAUUAUCCCCAACAGGGUCUCCUUUUUCUUUGACUGGCACGGUCCAUCCAUAGCGAUUGAUACUGCGUGCUCAUCUAGUCUCGUUGCUGUCGAUCUUGCCGCAAAGGCUCUCCGUAACAAUGAUUGCCGCGUGGCUGUUGCCUGUGGGACCAACCUCAUACUGGCGCCCAACAUGUAUGUCUCCGAGGCGAAUUUGAAUAUGCUUUCACCUCUGGGUCGGGGUCGCAUGUGGGAUGCAGAUGCAGACGGCUAUGCAAGAGGGGAGGGAAUUGCUACCGUUGUUCUAAAGAAACUCAGCGAUGCCGUAGCAGAUGGAGACCCGAUCGACUGUAUCAUCAGAGCCACGCAAGUCAAUCAAGAUGGCCGCACUAUGGGGAUCACAAUGCCUUCGGGCACUGCCCAGGCGGCCUUGAUCCGCUCCACAUAUAGUAAGGCGGGCUUGGAUCCAAUUAGUCGGCCUUUGGAUCGAUGCCAAUACUUUGAAGCCCAUGGGACUGGAACGGCGGCGGGUGAUCCCCAGGAGGCCUCGGCGAUAUACAGGGCGUUUUUCACCAGCGAAAACGGCCAUACUAAGAGCUCGGCAGCAGACGACCUAAAUCCACUUUACGUGGGGUCAGUGAAGACACUCAUCGGCCAUACUGAAGGAACUGCGGGCUUGGCAGGCCUAAUCAAAGCAUCGCUGUGUCUCCAACACGGUGUCAUCACGCCCAACUUACAUUUUCAACAAGUGAACCCGGAUAUUGAGCCAUUCUAUGGCCGGCUCCGCAUCCCAACCCAGGUAAAACCGUGGCCUGUACUGCCAGAGGGAGUCCCACGUCGAGCCUCUGUCAACUCGUUCGGGUUUGGAGGCACCAACACUCAUGUAAUCCUGGAAUCGUACACUCAGGACUCCAAUAACGUGAGUGAUACUUCGAGUGGCAUAGGGAUGGUCCCAUUUGUAUUUUCUGGACAUUCAGAAAAGGCAUUGCAGAAUAUUCUAGCUGCAUUUAUCGAAUUCAUCAACCACCAACCUCAGGUGGACGCGAUUAACCUGGCGUGGACAUUGUUCCGUAGACGUUCAGUGUUCGCCCGACGGCUGGCUUUUACAGCCUCAUCCCUAAGCGCCUUACGUACCAAGCUGCAAGAAGAGCUUGUUCAUAGGAACUCUGCCGGCUUCGUUCCUGAUCUUCCUCGCCCGCUCGCCACGCCGGCUCAAAUCCUGGGGGUCUUCACGGGCCAGGGUGCACAAUGGGCACAGAUGGGUGCAGAUCUGCUCACACGGUCUCCAAGUAUCCAAGGCUGGCUUGGCUUUUUGCAGGAGUCUUUAAACAGUCUGCCAAUAGAAUACCGGCCUUCUUACUCGCUCCUGGAAGAGCUGUCGGCACCGGAGGGUACCUCGCGGCUGCACGAAGCAGCUAUCGCGCAACCCCUAUGCACUGCUGUGCAAAUCAUACUUGUCAAGCUCCUACGCUCACUUGGCAUUACGUUCUCAGCGGUGGUGGGUCAUUCUUCUGGUGAAAUCGCGGCGGCUUACGCAGCCGGUGUUGUGACUGAAUCAGAUGCUAUUCGUAUCGCUCAUCUUCGGGGUUUUGUCGCAUUUCUGGCGGGCAAUAAUGGAAAAGAAGGGAGAAUGCUAGCUGCGGGGAUGAAUGCUGAUGAGGCGCAAGCCUUUUGCCAACUGCCUGAGUGGGUUGGGCGGGUCAAGGUCGCUGCGGUGAACUCGCCGUCAAGUGUGACAUUGUCUGGGGACGCGGAUGCCAUUGAACAGAUAGAAAUGCGUCUAAAGGAGCAGAAGCAAUUCGCACGCAUGCUCAAGGUUAAGACUGCGUACCACUCGCAUCACAUGCUCCCAUGCUCGGAACCGUACAUGGAGGCUCUUAAGAGAUGUCAGAUACAUCCACAGGCCUGUAAUUCUAUAGCCUGGUUUUCCAGCGUCUAUGAUGGCGAGCAGAUACGAAAUAGCCAUCUAGAUCUUAUGUGGGCUGGCUAUUGGCGCGACAAUAUGGCUAAUGCUGUUUUGUUCACACAGGCUGUCACAGCGGCCAUGCAGACGAUGACUCCAGAUAUGGUGAUCGAGGUAGGCCCUCAUCCUACCCUGAAGGGUCCUUUUCUACAGACCAUUUCAGGUCUAUCUAGUAAAGCGCCGGAGCCAAGCUACGUUGGUCUGCUCAGCCGUUUCACCUCCGGUAUAGAAACCUUUUCGGCGGCAGUCGGGGAGCUAUACCGCAUAGUCGGCCCAGACAAGCUAGACCUGGAGUCACACAUUCGGCAUUUUGAGAGUAGGGAGACUUUCGCCGUCGUUAAAGAUCUUCCACCUUACCCGUUUGACCGGACUCAAAAGUACUGGGCCGAGUCACGGUAUUCCAAGGCACUUACCCACCAUGCGGGAAGAGCAAACCCUCUACUGGGCACCCUGACUCCAAACAGUACCAACAACAAAUACGUUUGGUGCAAUAUCCUCCAUCCACGAGACAUGGCGUGGCUUAAUGGCCAUAUGAUUCAAUCUCAGGCAGUUUUCCCGGCCACAGGGUAUGCGGCAAUGGCAAUUGAGGCCGUGCAUAUCAUUGCAGAGGACAGGAGCAUCCGGCUGCUGGAGUUACACGAUCUUCACAUCCAGACGGCGAUAGCAUUUGGUGAUGAUAAUAGUCCCGGUGUCGAGGUAUUGUUUCAUUUGGAUCGAAACUCUAAAGAAGAGAAUAGACUAGGUGUAAGAUUUACCUGCUACGCCAAUAUUGGGGGCCGCCUCCAAGAAUGCGCAUCAGGUAAUUUAGUCGCCAUAUUUGGUGAGCAGAGCCCCUGUGUGCUUCCGAAACGAUUGCAGAAUACCUGUCAAAUGGCAGAUGUUGACAUGGAUGCUUUCUACGAACACCUGGGCACACUGGGGCAUGGGUAUACGGAUCUAUUUCGUGGUAUGCAUUCCGUCCGGCGCAAGCAGGGCGCCUCGAGCGGUUGUAUCUGGAACCCUUGUCAGCAGGAUCCACAGUCUAUGCUGAUAAUACACCCAGCCCUGAUGGAUACAUUGCUACAGGGUCUACUUCCAGCUUCAGGCCUGCCAGAGGAUGGCCAGUUACACACGCUGCAUGUCCCUACUCGGAUUGAUCGGAUAACCAUCAACCCGUAUUUCUUUCGCUGCCGUGCUCACGAGUUAAGGCAGGAGCUUCACUUCGACGCGGAAAUUACACAGAUAGAUCCGGACGGUACCUGUGGGGAUGUCGCCCUCUAUGACCAUACUGGAAAUGGGAUUCUACAUGUCGAGUGCUUAGAAACAUCUCCGCUGGCUCGUCCCACCGCGGCGGAUGAUCGCUUACUGUUCUCUACAUUAGUUUGGGGCCCAUUGCAUCCGGAUGGCAGGCUGUUGUCAUGUGUGGCAACCCACCGGAGUGUGCGUCAAUCGGAGCUAUCGGAACAGCUAUCUCUGUUAUACAUACAAGAUGUACAGGUUCAGCUGACAGCCGAGGACCGCGCCAACCUGAGCCCGCAUGGCAUUCGGAUAGUAUCUUGGAUCGAUCAUACCCUAUCAAUGGUCCGUAACGGGACGCAUCCUACCUGUCAAACAAACUGGCUAAACGCGGACCUGACCCAGAUUGCCAAUGAGCUGACAGAGGUGGCCCUGGAAGUAGACGCAAGCAAGAUGCGAACAGUCGGCCAGAACCUGCUACGUGCCUUGAGACGUGAGACAUCCAUCCUCGAGGAGCUGGGCCAGGCUGGCCUCCUAAGUCGAAUGUACAGCGAAUCUGAUGAUUUUGCCCCGUGCAACGAAGCCUAUCUCGCGCCGCUUGUACAGCAAAUCGCCUUCCGUUUCCCGCGUAUGAAGAUCCUAGAGAUCGGCGCAGGCACUGGGUUGGCCACGAGCGCGAUCCUAGAUCGAAUUGGGUCGUCGUUCCAUUCCUACACGUUCACAGAUGCCUCCAAAGGUGUCAUUGAAGUUGCACAGCAGAAGUAUGCUGAGCAUGCCGACAAGUUCAUCUAUCGCGUUCUGGAUAUUGGUGUCGAUCCCACAUCCCAGGAAUUUGAACCUCACUCGUACGAUCUGGUUGUGGCGGCCGGCGUGCUUCACACCACUGCCAAUAUCCAAGACACUUUAAGGCAUGUUCGUUCUCUGCUCAAGCCUGGAGGCUACUUGGCUGUGUUGGAGGGCACUAAUCCCAAUCUCCUGCGUCUCUCUUUUGUCCACGGCAGCCUCGGUAGAUGGUGGCCUAGCGAGCAAGAUAAGAUCCGACCUUGGGGGCCGAUGCUUCCCGUCACGGAAUGGGAUUCUGUACUAAAACGAACUGGCUUCUCAGGAAUAGAUACAUUCAUUAAUGAUGAUGGCAAUCGGCUGGCCUGUAUGUCAGUGUUCAUCUCUCAGGCAGUGGAUGACACCAUCAGCCUCCUCCGUGAUCCGCUUCGGUCUCCUCCACUAGCCCCUACACCAAAGGACCUGAUAAUCUUAGGCUGCGCGAGUAGCAAGACAACAGAGCUCAUCUUAGCCUUGAGAACCCUGGUGGGGCCUUUCUUCCGUCAAACGCUCGUCGUGGAAGGACUAGAUGACGUCCAGAGGCACUCAUCAUGGAGCAUGGCUACGGUGCUUAGCCUUCUGGAACUGGACCAACCCAGCCUCUGCUCUAGUCUCCGGAAGCAAGACUUGGAAUCUUUACAGACAGUAUUAAACGCUGCCCAGAAUCUCCUCUGGGUUAAUGCAGGCUCCUUGACAGACAACCCGGCCCAGACUCUGUCGCAGGGAUUCCUACGCUGCUUACGCUACGAGAACACUUAUGCACGUGUCCAGCAUCUGAAUGUCGCUGAUCAAGCAUGUGUUUCAUCACAACUAAUCGCUGAGACAUUGCUGCGCUUGGUGUUGCCCACAUUUGAAAACCAAUACGACUUGCCAGUCGCUGUCUGGACGACGGAGCCAGAGUUGCGCUGGAACGGCAGCACGAUGGAAUGUGCGCGGAUCAUCGACGAUGUCGGGAUGAACGAACGAUACAUGUCCAAAAGGCGCAACAUCGAUCACUUUGUCAACCUGGAGAGUUCCAACUGUGAGGUAAUUUUGACGAAAGGGAGCUACAAUAUUGUCGAGUGCUCCCAACAUCUUCGCGAAUCCACAAACGAAACAUACACCAAGAUCAAAGUCAGCUGGUCUACCUUGUGGGCAUUACGAAUAGAUGAGGCUGGAUUUCUAUAUUUGGUCAUCGGUCAGGAAAGUGACACUGCUGUCCCGGUCAUUGCACUGUCUCGCAGCCUCGCGUCCACCAUCGCCACCCCGGUUAGCUGGACUCUCCGAUACGGCCAGCCCCCUGGAGCAGAAGACCAGAGCCUCUUGGGCACUGUCGCGUGGGCCUUGCUGGCAAUAUCCCUGGUCAGAGCUACUACCCCUGGUACUUGUUUGUUGAUACAUGGUGCAUGUCGAAGUCUCCGAGAUGCAGUGAAGCAGCAGGCGUCGGUCAGAGGUAUCCAACCCUUGUUCACCACCAGCAGCGAUGAAGAGUUAUCAGACGACGUCAUCUUCAUCCACCCCUCGAUCACAUACCGGAGACUGACAUGUCAGCUUCGUGGGAACAUUUCCCUCAUUAUCCAAUUAGACAGACAGGCUGGCUCGAUAUCCCGCCACCUCCGCUCUCUUUUCCCCAAUGCUAUAAUUCAGGACAUAACCAAUCUCUGUCACACCUCCCCUGUACUUCAUCCCAAAUACGAGGUCGAAUUGGUUAGCCACGACCUCAACCGUGCUUAUAGCAUGGCCUGUCAGCUUGCGGGGAAGAGCAUCGAUGCCAAUAGCCUGAGUCUUCCCGCUCUCCAGGGCAUUCAACCAAAAAUAGAAGGAUUGAGCCUGUUGAACUGGCGGGAGGUUGGUGAUGUGUCCGUGCGUACACAAUCAGCCAGCUCCGAUAUCUAUCUAAGCCCAAACAAAACAUACCUGCUGAUUGGAAUGGCUGGCGAUCUUGGGAGAUCGGUAUGUGAGUGGAUGGUUUCCCGAGGGGCACGCCAUAUAGUUCUGGCGAGUCGCCGGCCACAAAUCGAACAGCACUGGGAUGUUACUGACCGAGAGUCGAUUCUCGCUGUUGACGCCCAGCUCCGCGUCAAAUUCCCGCCACUAGGUGGUGUGGUCAACGGAGCAAUGAUACUUAAGGAUCAGAUGUUCGCUACCAUGUCCUGGGAAGUUUUGCAGCAGACGCUCAUGCCCAAAGUUCAGGGGAGUUUGCUGCUGGAUGAGAUUUUUGGCAGUGUGCCUCUUGACUUUUUCAUCAUGUUUGGAUCCCUCACAUCUCAGUUAGGCAAUAUCGGCCAAUCAGCAUACGCAGCUGCCAAUGGCUUUAUGGCCAGCAUUGUGAAGAGACGGAGGGAUCGAGGCCAGGUGGGAAGUAUCAUCAGCCCCGGCUCAAUCCAAGGGGUCGGGUAUUUGUCCCGGGCACAGUCUUGGGUGAUGCAGUCGCUCCGCGAAACCAUGGGCAGCGCUACUCUUUCCGCAGGAGAUAUCCAUGAGCUGUUCGCGGAAGCCAUUCUAGCGGGGCCUCCGGAUGCUGGCAAGCCUGCGGACAUUAUUGCAGGUUUGUCGUACGUAUCACCACCGACGCAACCGGGUAUCAUAUGGAUUAAUGAUCCGAAAGCCUGGCACCAUGUCAACCAUUUCAAUCAAAGAACUACAGGCAACCUGGAAAUGACAACAGACAGAAUUGACAUUAAGACACAAUUAGAGACAGUUACUUCCAAGGAAGAGGCCAUAAAACUUAUUGAACCUGCUUUUGUGGCCAAAGUGCGCCACAAGUUGCAGCUUCCUGACGAUGAAAUUAUCUCCCGCGACUCGAUGCUGGUGGAGCUAGGAAUCGAUUCCUUGGUGGCUGUUGAGCUCCGGACAUGGUUCGUUACAUAUCUCGGUAUUGAUCUGGCCGUGUUGCAGCUCCUUAACGGCGCGUCUAUUGCCCACCUCGUGGAGGAGGUCAGUGGCCGACUAGUGGAAAGGCUGCAGGUUCAGGAUGCAGCCUCCUCUGCAGCCGAUGUGGACGCUGUCGAUGUUCAAAACAGUCCGAGUGACAGCAGUCAGCUUUCAACAUCCUUCCCUACCUCGCUAGAUUCCUCCGAUAUAGAAAACUCCCCGACGGGUAGUGUACCCGCUGCCAAGGAGUAUGCUGAAUUCCCUACAGCGAGCACGCAAAGCUUGUCCGAACCGUUAUCGGGUCCUGAAUUUGAAAAGACCGAGAGACUGUCGUUUUCACAGGCGCGCUACUGGUUCCUGGAUAACUUCAUAGAAGACAAAACAACGCAUAACGUCGCUAUGAUUUUUAACCUGGACCAAGCGCCACGGGUGGAAGACUUGAAAACCGCGGUUAAUCGUGUGGGGAUGAGACAUGAGGCGCUACGAACAUGUUUCCUAUCCGGAAUCAACGGGAGUAACGAUCCAUGCCAGGCCGUGAUGUCGACCUCACACUGGCAGCUGGAAGUCCAUCACGUUGAUAAUGCCGACGCAGUCAGAGACGUAUAUGCGCGAGUCCGUGACCAUGUUUAUGAUCUCUCUCAUGGGGACGUCGCACAGAUCUGCCUCGUUCUUGCCCCAAAUGAUAUCCAGGUCCUCAUUAUCGGAUAUCAUCAUAUCUGCCUCGAUGCAGCCAGCGUGUUCAUCCUCUUUGAGGAGCUUGAAAUGGCCUACCAGCACAAGGCGCUGCCUGCUCUUUCCCUGCAAUACCCGGCGUUGGCCGCCGCACAACACACUGCGUUUGAAAGAGGGGAGUAUGCCAGAGAGUUAGAAUACUGGCGGACGGAGUUCGCUGACCUGCCCGGUCCGAUGCCUCUUCUUCCAAUGUGUCGCGUACAAUCCCGACCAGCUCUCAAGAAAUACGCCAUAACCACUGCGCGACAUAGCCUACCUCCCUCGGUCACUGCCCAGGUCCAAGCCAUCUGCCGCAGGAAUCGGACUACCCCCUUCAACUUCUACAUGGCUGUCCUGUGGAUUUUCCUUGCCAGACUUACAGACACGGAUGAUGUCUGCAUCGGGUUUGUGGACGCCGGCCGAGCCGAUGCCAUUAGCAUGCGUACAGUUGGUUUCCUGCUGAAUAUUUUGCCCAUUAGGCUUUCCGUGGACAAUGCUUCGCGGCCGUUUCGACACAUCCUGGAACUAAUGAACGAGAAGACCAGAUCGGCGAGGGCCAAUUCCAGACUACCGUAUGAUGCAAUGCUGACUGAGCUGGGGGUACCUCGGUCGACAGCAUAUAACCCGCUUUUCCAGGUCCUGAUGGACUGGCAGCCGCAAUCCGGCGCCAGCUACAUGUUCGACGAUAUCAAGAUUGUGAGGAAGGAAUGGGUACCCGGAAGGUCACCGUACGAUCUCACGCUGCAAUUCGUAGGAUCUGAAGACGGAUCGACCGUCAUUGACUUUCAUUUACAAGAAGACCUAUUCUCGAGACGGGGAGCAGACAUCGUGGCGCAGAGCUAUGGUGAACUAGUACAAUCGUUUGCAAAGUCAGCCGAAGCCAACGUGAUGCAGCCCCCCUUGUAUUCACCGCUGGAUGUGCAGUCGUCAAUUGACCUUGGCAGAGGUCAGUUGCUAGCUUCGCAGUGGCCGUCCACAAUUUCCAGACAUAUCGAUGAUGUAGCAAGAUCCCACCCUGCUCAGAUAGCCGUGCAGGAUGCGGGCGGUUCUACUGCCCUCACAUACAGCCAGCUCAUGAUCCAAGUGAAUGUGAUCGCGAGUAAACUCCAUGGUAUGGGUGUGGGGCCUGGUUCGCACGUGUGCUUGUUCCAGCAUCCAACGACGGGGUGGAUCAGUUGUAUGUUGGCAAUUUGGCGGCUAAAUGCGACUUAUGUGCCCGUGGACUUGCGGAAUCCAUUACCGCGCCUAGAAACCAUCAUCCAAGCUUGCCAACCACAGGUCAUCAUCUGCCACGAUGAUACGGAAGCUGACGUCCACCGAGUCUCAUGCCCUAGCCCAAUACACAUACUGAAUAUUUCUGAUCUCAAUUAUGAUACGACUACACCCGUACUGGAAAAUCAGUCGACACCAGAAGCCUGCUGUGCGAUUCUUCAUAGCAGUGGCACCACGGGUCAACCAAAGGGGAUUCGUCUAAGGCACUCGAGUCUUCGCAACGUGAUAGAAGGCGAUGUACAGCAAUUCAAACUAGGGAGUGAAACCGUUCUACAACAAAGUGCCCUGACAUUCGACUUCUCGCUAAUUCAGGUGCUUAUCGGACUAGCCCAGGGCGGAAGGGUAAUUGUAGUCCCUCGCUCGUUGAGAGGGGAUCCGGUCGAAUUGGCCAAAACCAUAGUGGAAGGGAAAGUGACCUAUACUGGAGCAACGCCAUCUGAGUAUGCCACCUGGCUUUCGUAUGGGGGGCAGACCUUGAAGAAUGCAACAAGCUGGAGGAUUGCGUGUGCGGGAGGAGAAUUUCUGACGCGAUCCCUUGGUUUGGAAUUUCAACGUCUCGGGAUGCCGGGCCUGCGCCUCUUCAACAUCUACGGCCCAUCAGAAACUGCUCUAGCUUCCCAUAAGACGGAAGUCCAGUAUCGCGACUUGGAUCCCUUGACAUACACAGAAGGUGCAUAUUCGGUUGGGAAUCCACUUCCCAACUACACAACGUACAUCGUCGAUAAGCAACUGCAGCCAGUGCCACAGGGAGUAUCAGGGGAAGUACUGAUAGGCGGUGCGGGUGUCGGUUUGGGCUAUUUACAUAUGGAAUCAUCGACCGAGGAGAAGUUUAUCUCUAAUAUCUAUGCCACUCAGGAGGACCUUGAUCGGGGCUGGACACAUGUGUACCGAACAGCCGAUCGCGGCCGUCUGCUUCCCGAUGGGGCCCUAGUCAUUGAAGGUCGGAUAGAUGGGGAUACCCAAGUGAAGCUGCGUGGAAUCCGCAUAGAUCUGCAGGAUAUGGAAUAUGGCAUCUUGCAGGCCAGUAGGGGCACUCUCAUCCGAGUGGUCGCAUCACUCCGGGGCGAGACUGAUAAUGCGUUCCUUGCAGCUCACGUUGAAUUUGAUCCAGUUCAUUGGGAGAAGCGAGAAAGCCUAUUACAGCAGAUUCGCGCCAAUUUAACGCUUCCGCAAUAUAUGUGGCCUGCUAUCAUUGUCCCUGUCGAGAAAAUUCCACUCAAUAUCCACGGCAAAGUUGACCGUCAUGCAGUGAACGCGCUGCCAAUCACUGCCCUUAAGAGGACGGAAGACGACUCUUCUAUGACCACCAGUAUCACCCAUUCAGAACAUAAGUUACGACGAGCUUGGGCUAAAGUCCUGCAAGGUGUUGUCGAUAUCUCUGCGAUCGGCCCCAGCACGGACUUUUUCCUCGUGGGCGGGAACUCCCUUUUCCUCAUCAAGCUGCAGGCAAUCAUCGCUCAGGACCUGGGGGUGAGAGUCCCCUUGGCAGAGUUAAUGGAAGCGAAUCGGCUCAGUGAUAUGGCAGAGAAGAUCGCGCGCUACCAGACUGCGGCCCCGAUUGACUGGCAAUCAGACACAUCAGUCGAUGACCUCCAGGGAGAUAAUUCAACACAAGGGCAUCCACCUCGAACUAAUGAUGAUCUAACCGUCGUCCUAACUGGUGCGACAGGUUUCCUAGGGUCACGAAUCCUCCAGGGCCUGGUAGCGAGUCCGCACGUGGGCCGCAUCCACGCAGUUGCAGUACGCAGCGGACCCGGACACCAGGGUCGAGUUCUCGCGAGCACGUCGUCGAAAGUCACAACCCAUCACGGCGACCUAGGAGCUCCUCUUUUGGGUCUGGAUCCAGAGAUAUUUGCAUCGCUGGUGAAAGAUGCUGACCGCAUUGUUCAUUGUGGUGCGAACCGGUCGUUCUGGGACGCGUACCCAGUCGUGCGCGCGGAGAACGUUCACAGCACCAAGACGCUUAUCCGUCUCGGGCAGCAUCGCCAGGUUCCUCUUCAUUUCAUCUCCAGCGGAGAAGUGGUAUCUAUCCCUGUGGAUGAGACGCCUCCUCUCAAUGGGGCAGACGGACAUCUGGCUUCAAAGUGGGCUAGCGAGCGACUGCUCACCAACGCUGCGGAGCGCCUCGGACUGCCUGUUUGCAUCCAUCGUCCUGUUCAGGCAGAGCACAUGAACCCUCCGCCGGCUGACCUCGAGAAAGAAUUCCAGGACCUUGUCUUCAAGCUAGAAAGUGUCCCUACGACUGGAGGGUUGAGGGGCAGCUUUGCGCUGAUGCCCCUGACCGAGAUCUCGGACGCACUGGUAGCUGCCGUGGUGGGCAAUCAGGAAUCAAAAAUGGUCAUUCAAGAACAUGUCGCCGAGGUCAUCAUCCGCGUGGAGGAUGUGAACAACAUAUCCGCAGCAUGCGACCCUGGGGCUAUUGAAGGUUUCCCACGGAUUCCUGCGACGCACUGGCUUGGGCGCGCUAAGAAGGAAGCAGGAUUUACCUGGUGGGUCUCAGGGCAGGAUGCUGGCUUGGAAGAAGAAGAUACGGAGCUUCUGAUCUCCACUCGACGGUGA